UGCAGGGGUCAGGCCGGGGUCAGAGCGGGGUCAGGCCCAGGUCAGGGCCAACUACUCCACAGGUCCUGGCAUCUGGGAUGGGCACUAGGGCGGUGAGGAUCCCCUGUGGGCCCAGUCCCCUAUUCUGGCCCCUGCUGUUACUGCUGCCCCUGAGCUCCAAGGCUGGCCCUGUCCUGAAGCCUGAUGUCCCUAGUCCCUCAAAGGUUCCUGGGGUAGCACCAAGGAGACCGGAGCCACAGCAAGGCUGGAAACUGUCGGCCCUCAGGCACCAGGAUUCUGUGAGCGGAGCAGAAGUGUGUGGGAAACCGAAGAUGGUUGGGAAGGUGUUCGGUGGCCAGGAUACAUCUGCUGGCCAGUGGCCAUGGCAGGCCAGCCUGCUGUACCGGGGCUUGCAUCUCUGUGGAGCUGUCCUCAUUGAUUCCCACUGGCUGGUUUCCACAGCCCACUGCUUUCUAAACAAAUCCCAGGCCCCAGGGGACUAUCAGGUUCUGUUGGGGAAUACUCAGCUGUACCAGAGAACACAGCACACUUAGAAGAUGUCUGUGAACCGUAUCAUCAAACACCCAGACUUUGAGAAGUUUCAUUCCUUUGGGAGUGACAUUGCAAUGCUGCAGCUGUGUCUGCCCGUGAACUUCACAUCCUACGUUGUACCUGCCUGCCUCCCACCUAAAGACACACAGCUCCUCAACCACACUUCCUGUUGGAUAACUGGAUGGGGAAUGCUUUCUGAAGACACAAAACUGUUACCACCCUUCUCACUGCAGGAAGGUGAAGUGGGGAUUAUUGAGAACGAGCUUUGUAAUGCCUUAUAUGGGCGAAGACCAGGCCAAAGCAGGGGCUAUGUGCAUGAGGAAAUGCUGUGUGCAGGGGGCCUCUCCACAGGAAAGUCCAUCUGCCGGGGUGAUUCUGGGGGCCCCCUCAUCUGCUACCAAACCAGUGCAUGGGUCCUGGUAGGACUGGCCAGUUGGGGCCUAGAUUGCCGGCGUCCUAUUUACCCCAGUGUCUUCACCAGGGUCACCUACUUCACUGACUGGAUCAGCCAAGUCAAGGGACUCACUCCACUUCCAGAAUCUGAAUCUGUGUCUCCUCAAACAGAACUUCAACCCAGGCCUCUGAGAGCUGCUGGCUCCCCACAGCCCUGCAGCAUGCUUAUAGCUGCACAAAUCUGGUUCCUGCUACUAUUUAUCCCUGAGGCUCAAGACCAGGCCCCAGGGUUGACAAAACCUAGUAAGGAAACCUCUGCUCUCAAGGAUAUGAAAGUCAAUGAAGGAGACAGUGUGGGAUGCCAUAUAUUGGAAAUAAGGCUAAGCUAAGAGAUAGGAAGCAGAGCUCCUCCCCAAGCCACCAGAGAGUGAAAAUUCUCUUAGGGACAUAUCCCACCCGUUCUUCAAAAAGAGCCUCAGGGAAUCAAGUCAUAUUUCAGAAGCCCAGAGAGAAGAUAAGUGAGAGCAAAACUGACUUGUCCUUUUUCUUGAGCACAAACCCUGGGUUACCUGAAAGCCAUGCCACAUGGAGAAAGCACAAACACACUUUAUCAGAACAUUUAUUGGGGGCAAUCAGUAUUAUCAAUAAAGGAUGGGAUACAGAG